UUGAACGAGUCGCUUUUUAAAUGACGCAGUUUGUGAGCGCACGUGAGAUGAAAGCACCGCUGCAGUGCAAAGACAGCAGUUUAGAGGAUCUUCACACUAAAUGGCCACCGAUACUGCCGAGACAUCUGCUGUGCAGGAGAGCAGCCAUGAAUGUGCAAACAAUGAACAUAAGACCGAACAGACUGGAGAAACUGAAACGCUGUCUAAAAGACAGAGGAAGAGACUUCUUAAGAGUCAACAAUGGGAAGAACAGAGAGAACUUCGCAAACAGAAGCGGAAAGAGAGAAAACAGCAGAGGAAACUGGAGAGACACGCGCAGGCUGAAGAAGGAGUGGAGUGGACAGGGAAGAAGCGUUUGCGCAGGUCGGCUGAGCCCAGCUCUCUCAGACUGGUCGUAGACUGCAGCUUUGAUAACCUCAUGGUGCUCAAGGAUGUAAAGAAACUUCACAAGCAGAUUCAAAGGUGCUAUGCUGAGAACAGACGCACACUGCAUCCUGUACAGUUUUACCUUACAAGUCAUGGUGGUCAGUUAAAGCAAGUCAUGGACGAAAUUAACAAAGGCUGGCUCAACUGGAAGGAUGUUCAUUUCAAGCCUGAUGCAUUUCAUGAAAUCAUGAAGAAGGAGGACCUAGUCUACCUCACCUCUGAUUCACCCAAUGUGCUACAAGAACUCGAUGAGGCCAAAGCCUAUGUGAUUGGAGGUCUGGUGGACCACAACCACCAUAAGGGAAUCACAUUUAAUCGAGCCCAAGAGCUUGGCAUUGCUCAUGCUCAGCUUCCGCUGGGCAGUUUCGUCAAGAUGAAUAGCCGCAAGGUGCUGGCCGUCAAUCACGUUUUUGAGAUCAUGCUAGCGUUCCUGGAGAAACGAGACUGGCAGGAAGCUUUCUUUACCGUGCUGCCACAGAGGAAGGGAGCUGUGCCAGUGGGCCAGGAGAACAAGCUCGGAGAGGGCGAUGACGAGGAAGACUCUGAUGAAGACUCGGACACAGAACAGCCAAUCUCAGAAAAGAGCGCGGAAUCAAAGGACCAAUCAGAAAGCAAACAGGAAGAACACAAACCUGUGCUAAACCAGUCAGAUUCCAGCGAGCGAAACACGGCUUAGAGAUAUUUAAGAUGUUUAAUGUUUUCGGAAAUGUAAAAAAAAAAAAAAUCUCAGUUUCAGAUUUGAGAUGCUUCUUCAUGCAAAGGUUUGGACUUGAAGAUGUUUUGUUGAAACAAAUUUCAUGACAGAAAAAAAUAUAUUAAUAAUAAU